ACCUGCAUCCAAAGUGCACCAUGACGAGUGACUCGGACAGUGAAGAGGCCUACAUCCGACGUGUGGGUACGCACAAGGCGGGUUCUAUUACAAGGAUUAAGCUACACAACUUUCUGACUUAUUCCGAUGUCGAAUUUCGUCCCGGGCCGCGUCUCAAUAUGGUCAUUGGUCCUAACGGGACGGGAAAGUCGUCGAUUCUGAACGCCAUUUGUUUCGGACUGGGAGGGGAGCCCAAAUUACUCGGUCGGGCAGACGACGCCCGUGCAUUCAUCGCACACGGCAAGGACCACGCCGAAAUUGAAAUCGAGUUGGCGCCGCUACCCGGCAAGGGUACUCACGUGUUUCGACGUACCAUUGAUCGUCAUAAGGGGUCAGAGAAAGGCAAAGGUCGGGGGGCGUCGCAGUACUUUGUCAAUGACGAAAAGGUACACCCCAACGUGAUUCGGGAAAUUGUGUCGGAGGACUAUAAUAUUGCCAUUGAUAACCUCUGUACCUUUCUGCCACAAGACAAGGUGGGGAGCUUCUCGGGCUUUGAUUCGAAACAGCUUUUGCAAGAGACGGAGAAAACGCUCUCCACGUCGCAGCACUUGUACAGGCUACAUAUGGAUCUGAUCCAAGCCGAGGCUGAGCUACAGUCGGGAGUCGUCAACGUCGAUACAAUAAAAUCCAAAUUAAAAAAACUAGAGCACGAGAACAAACAGCUCGAGCAAGAAAAAAUGCGUGUGGAAGAACGCGAAGAAGCUCUAGUACAAGCCGAAGUUUUGGAGAAGAAAAGAAUUUGGCUGCAAGUCGAUGUGUUGCGCGAAGAAGCCGUCUCGUUAAAAGAAGCGAAGACGGAAGUCAAGGACCGCCUCAAGGCCGCUCAUGCAGAGCUCGCUCCUUUGCAAGAGGAGCAGCAACGUCUUGCAAAGGCUUGGAAGGAAGCCGAUCUGCAGUUGAAGGUUCUCGAAAUGAAUAAGCAGAAAUGUAACAAAGAAAUGGAAAAACAGCUGAAGAAGUACGAGAAUCAUGACGAUGGUAUCGAGGAGGCGCUCGCUAUGCUACGCGAGCUGGACACCAAGCAUGAAGAAGUACAAGCUCGUUACCGCUCUCAGGAAGAACGCGUCGCGACUUUGGAAGAGCAGCUCUCUAGUUUUGCGACCACUGAAGAAGAAAUGACAGACCAGUAUAACGAAGCCAGGGAGGCGGCUCGUGUUGCGUCGCGCGCAUACGAAUCAGCUAAACGCGAGCUUGCCAGACAUCUCGAAAAAGCUCACCUACUGAAAGAAAAGGGUAAAGAGGCGCAGAUGAAGCUUGCGAAGAUGAACGACGAAGGUGCCCGGCGAAAGGAACGAAUAUUUCGACAAGAAAGGAAUCUCGGGCAGAUUUUCGAAUGGCUGGAAAGUAACCGGGAUAAGUUUCGUCGCCCUGUCUGGGGUCCGGUGGCCUGCGAAGUGGCAACCAAAGAUCAGAAUACUGCGGCUGCUUUGGAGCAACACGUUCCAAAUUGGGUAUUGAAAUCCUUUGUCGUCGAAAACAAAGAAGACUAUGAUUUUUUGUUUAGCGAGAUUCGUGAACGUCGUAAAAUUCCGAUCAAUAUUGUGAAUACGGAUGGCCAGCGACUUUCGGAUCCGCAACGGCCGUACUCGGAAGAGAAAAUGUCGAUCCUUCAAAAGGAGUACGCGAUAGCAGGGUAUCUUGAUCAUUAUUUUACAGCUCCUGACCAGAUUAUGCUAGUACUUCGCAAGCAAGCAGCGGUGCACAAAGUUCUAAUGGGAGGAGAAGAAACGAAUCAAAAGCUUACAAAACUGACGGACUUCAUUUCGGAGCCGGAUAUCUCCCUAGGUCAGACCGACAAGCAGCCUUCGGUCCUAUUCUGUUCUGAUAAUGGCAAAGCGCUUAAGUUCAGCAACGUUGUCUCAAGAUACAGUAAGGAAAUCUCAUCGCGACAGGAUGAUAUCAGUCAAGCUCGCCUUCUGGCGCCGGGUGUCAAUCCUCGCGUAAAAAAAGAGGCCGAGGACAGAAUUGCAGAGGCCAAUGCCGAAAUGAAUGAACUGAGGCCAGCGAUUGAAGACUCCCAGAAAGAAAAAAAUAAAACUGAACUUGCAGCCCAAGAAGUGAAGGCCAAAUUACAGUCAUCAAAGCAGUCUUUGGAAAGUCUGAAGAAGUUUCAGCAGAAACUGGAGAACGCUCGCAAUAAACUUGAUGAUGCUCGGCGCGAUUUGGAAAGCGAUGACGAAAAGGAAAAGAAGGCGCUGGUACAAUCUCUAAUGAAUCGAGUUGCUCAUGGGGUGUCGGCCCUGGAAGUCCAUGCUCAACAACAUGAGCAAAUGCUGCUAGCAACAAUGGAGAAUGCCGGUCUUCAAAUUUCUCGCAACGAUUUUUCAGUAGCCGAGCGUAGAGCGAAGUACGUAUGUAAGAACACUAGCUUUAAGGGACUUGAGACUCGAGCGGUGAAGAUUCAGACAGACUUCAUGAAUGUGAAAAAAGAAUACGCGAAGCUGAAGACGGAAGCUGAGCGAGUUGCGCCUUUGGAAGACGAAAACGGCAACAAAACAGAGCUAUUUGAUCAGCUCCAGGAACUCGAGGUUACGACUUUGCAUGACUGCGAAGCCGCCCUCGACGAAGCAGUCAGCAAAGCAGAUGAAUACGCGGACAACCCGGACGCCCUACGGCAAUAUGAGCGAACAAAGGCAGAGAUCGAAGAAGUUCAGACGAAGCUGGACGAUUUGACGAGCUCGAAAGAUGCCAAGCUGCAGGAAAUCCGAAAUAAGAGCAAUCCGUGGCAGGCUGCGUUGGAGAACUAUGUAAGCAAGGUGGACAAACUCUUCAGCGAGUACAUGCAGGAAAUGGAAUGCACCGGCGAAAUUCGUCUAAAAAGGGGUAAAAUCGAUGAAGAUGAUGAAAAUCAGAUAGGCAACUUCAAGGACUGGGGUAUCGAAAUUCUGGUGAGUUUUCGGGAAGGUACGAAGGCGCAAAUUUUAUCAGCACAGGUCCAGUCUGGAGGUGAGCGUUCGGUCAGUACAAUCAUGUAUUUAAUGGCUCUACAAGACAUGAUGGUAGCCCCAUUCCGAUGCGUUGACGAAAUCAACCAAGGCCUUGACGAUCGGAACGAGCGGCUUGUCUUUCGUCGCAUUGUUGAGAACUCAACCCGUCCGCCGAAGGGCGAGCCGUUCGAGCACGUUGGACAAUAUUUUCUCAUCACGCCGAAACUUUUGCCGAAUCUUGUGGAUAUGGAAGAGGAAGGCGUCACGAUUCUUUUUGUUUUUAAUGGUGAGGGAAUGCACCAGAGUAUAUUUUUUUAUGAAUUGUCUCAUCUCACACUUUGUCCUCUUGUUUAG